CCUCGUCUCGAAAAUAACUGACAUGUAGUAACUUCGCUUGGCGUCAAGUAUCACACAUUUAAAAGCUAAGCAAGCAAAAAGGAAAAAAAUAAAUGGGUCCCCCGCCCGUAACCAUCCAUCAGCCGCUUGCCCGCUGACUUCAUUCUUUGUUUGUGUGUCAGUACGUUCGCACGUCUGGAAAAUUUUUUUUCCGUUCGUUCCUUUUUUUGUUCUUUGCGCAGUGUUUUGGUUAUGCCGGGGUUUCGUCGUAUUAGGGCACGGAGUCCUAAGGGGAAGAGUGGCAGGAUCCUGAAGGUGUUGGAGGAUUUGGAGAGGCGAGUUAAAGGAAUUGAAGGUCGGGGGCGGCGACGUAGAAGUCGACGUUUACUUUCGUCUUCGUCAUCGUCCAGAAGCUCGUCUCCUGCGGCUGCCAGUCCGUCGCCUAUUCGUCACCGACGGUCUCGCUCCCUUUCUCGUUCUCGCUCUCGUUCACGCUCACGCUGCGGAUUUCCCAUCCGCAUUAGUGAGGUCCGUCGCAGUCGAGACUCUCCGAUUUCGAGCGACGCAGUAGCAGAGGACGUUUCAAUGGCAGAUAACAUUAUUUUCGAAGGGGAGGCCGCCCAAGGUUCAGCGGCGGCCCUAAGUGAAGAUGUGUUGGACAUCUUAGGACCUAAUGAGGCACCCACCAUUGUGCAUGGGCCAAAAAUUAAUGGUAAUUUGGUGCCACGGUGGGAAAGCAUUUUGCAAUCAGGGCUGUCAGAUGAAGACAGGAACAAGUCUCUGUCAAAACUCCCUCCACCUGAAAAUUUCCAGAAAUUACUUGCACCACAAUUAAAUGCAAUGUUGGAAAAAGCCAUUUCUCUGUCGCAAAUUGCAAGAGACCUUAAAUUGCAGAAACUACAACAAUUGGUGGUAGGCAGCAUCUCCGCCGUGGGCCAGGUCCUCAGUUCAAUUCUAGCAGAGCCAGGGGGGGGAGACAGGCAUCAUAUUGAACUGUUAUAUGGGGCAGGGAGUUUGUUGGCGGAUUUGUGGCAUUCUCAAACAGUCACACGCAGGGACUUAAUCUCUAUCAACCUGAGUAAGGAAUUUCAAGAAGCCAAUAAGCGGAUUUCCCUGGAUAACUUUCUAUUUGGAGAAGAUCUACAGGAAAGGUUAAAAGUUUUCAAAAAUUUGGAAGACUGUGGAAAAACCCUCAAAGCAAGACCCCCCAAAACCGCUUCAACACCAUCAAGGUCAAGAUCCAACACUAGUGCUUUGAGUUCAAGGUCUUUAAACUACAGAGCCCCGACUCGGGUCCUGCGGGGAGCUCACCGAGGAAGGGGCAAUUUCCGUCAACAAGCUCCUUACCCACUCAGACAACAAGCUCCACAGCAGUUCAGUCAACCUCCGAGGGACCCGAAGAAGCACCGUUUUCGAGGCCACUUUUAAAGGUUAGGGUGCUAGCGGGCAGACUCAAGUUUUUCUAUAGAAAGUGGGAUUUGUUUUGUAAUGACAGGGUAAUUUUAAGUUGGGUAAAAGGCCUUAAAAUUCCAUUUUGGAAAUUACCAUCGCAGCGAAUAUCCAAUAGGCCCGGUUGGUCUGGCUACCCAGGGGCGGCGGUACAACGCUCUGUUGACAAACUCCUGUCUGUGGGGGCCAUAAACAAGGUCAAACCAUGCAAAAAUCAGUUUCUGUCUAAAUUUUUUCUCAGGCCCAAAAAGGAUGGAUCUUACAGAUUCAUCCUAAAUCUCAAAAAAUUAAAUAAAUUUGUGGCUUGCGAGCAUUUUAAGAUGGAGGAUCAUCGCACUGUUGCCAGGCUUCUUUUUACUAAUUGCUUUAUGGCCAAGAUUGACUUAAAAGAUGCCUAUUUUUUAUUACCCAUUCAUAAAAACCACAGGAAAUAUCUUAGGUUUCAGGUUGAAGGUAACAUAUAUGAAUACAAUUGUUUGCCAUUUGGACUAAAUGUAGCUCCUCGAAUAUUCACCAAACUAAUGAAACCAGUGUUUGCACACCUUAGAAAAAAGGGACUUAUUUCAGUAGUUUAUUUAGACGAUAUUUUAUUAUUUGGAAACACUCGUCAGAGUUGUGUUCACAAUGUUAAAGAGACUCUGAAACUUAUCACGUCUUUGGGGUUUAUACCGAAUCUGGAGAAAAGUCAACUAGUCCCGUCACAAGAGAUUGAGUACUUGGGGUUUGUAUACAAUUCAAUAGAUAUGUCCAUCAGUUUACCAUCUACAAAAAUCUCCAAAACAUUAAAAUUGCUUAACAGAUUUUCGCUAUUACAACGCUGUUCAAUCAGGGACUUUGCUACAGUUUUAGGAACUUUGACUUCCGUGUGCCCUGCCGUUAAAUACGGUUGGCUUUACACGAAACUGCUUGAAAGAGAAAAGUAUUUGGCGCUGGGUACAUCAGGCAACUAUAAUAAAGAAAUGGACAUAUCCUCUCAAGUUUUAAAGGAAUUACAGUGGUGGUUAAGCAACUUACCAUGCGCGAUAAACCCGAUUCGAUUAGAUGUUUUCAGUAUUGAGAUUUUUUCAGACGCCUCUUUGACUGGAUGGGGCAUUAGUUGUUCUUCGGAGAAAUCGCGGGGAUUUUGGUCAGAUUCAGAAAGGCAUCACCACAUAAAUUAUCUCGAACUUCUUGCGGUGUCUUAUGGUCUGAAAUGCUUUGCUGCAAACCUAAGUAACUGCAACAUCCUUUGUCGAGUCGAUAACUCAACGGCCUUGGCCUAUAUAAACAAAAUGGGUAGUAUUAAAUUCCCGAAGCUUAAUGAACUUGCCCGGAUCAUCUGGCAAUGGUGCGAAACGCGAAACUUGUUUAUAUAUGCUUCAUACAUUAAAUCUUCGGACAAUAUCAUUGCGGAUGCAGAAUCUCGCUGUCUGAAGAUUGAAUCGGAGUGGUCCUUAAAUGUAUCAGCAUUCAAUAAGAUUUUGGACGGUUUUGGUCAACCAGAGAUAGAUCUGUUUGCUACCAAAAAUAAUGCCAAAUGCACAAAGUUUGUCUCAUGGUUGAGAGAUCCGGAGAGUAUUGCUAUUGACGCGUUUACUAUAGAUUGGAAGAAUUUUUUCUUCUAUGCGUUUCCUCCGUUUGCACUAAUACUAAGAGUGCUGCGGAAAAUUAUAACAGACAAGGCCAGGGGCAUACUGAUAGUACCUCUCUGGAGCUCCCAACCGUGGUACCCUCUCUUUACUUCUCUGUUAGAAGGCCCCCCAAUUAUUUUUAAACCUAAUAGGGAUUUAUUGUUGUUUAACAGGAUACCACAUCCCCUAUGGAGAAAAACUACCCUGGUGGCCGGGAUUGUAUCAUCAAAGCCUUAAAAGCCAUGGGGAUUCCUUCUGAAUCCCUAGAGAUCUGUUUAGCCUCAAUAACUCCCAAUACUAUUAAGCAAUAUAAUGGGGGCUUGCGUAUGUGGUGGCAAUACUGCGAUAAUGAACACUUAAACCCCCUUGUUAUCUCGGUACCAGCGGUUUUGAAGUUUUUUACUGAGCAAUUUAACCGGGGCACAUCUUUUAGUACGCUGAAUUCUUACCGGGCUGCUCUUUCACAGCUGUUUGGUCCAAACCUGAGCGAAGAUCUAAGGGUAAAGCGAUUUUUUAAGGGGUUAAGCGCUCUAAGGCCUCCUUUGCCAAAAUAUGGCAGUACGUGGGACCCCGCGACGGUUUUAAAUCAUUUCGGCUCGCUGAAUAGCACCCAUCUUUCCUUAGAGACUCUAACGCUCAAGACCGCGAUGUUACUAGCGCUAGCCACAGGACAACGCGUUCAGACCUUGGCGAGCAUCGAAAUUAAUAACAUUCGGCGGCUAUCUGAUAAGAUAGAAAUUCCCAUUUCGAAGCGCAUUAAGACUUCUAGAGUUAAAAGAAUUCAGCCAACUCUCAUAUUGCCUUUUUUCGAUGAUAAUAUUUCCAUUUGCCCCGCAAGGACUUUGCUCUUGUACUUGAAAGAAACACACUCCUUUCGAGGUAGCGUUUCUAGUUUUUUUUAUAACUUAUAAAAAACCCUACCGAGCUGCAACCAGCCAGACCAUAAGUAGAUGGCUUAAAACAGGGUUAAGGCAAAGCGGCGUAGAUACGAGCCAUUUUGGGGCUCACAGCACUCGACAUGCCUCUACCUCACUGGCAUCGAAGAAGGG